AUGGCCUACUAUCGCCCACAAAGGCAUCAAGCCCGUCCAUCACGUUACGAUGAUGACUUUGCACCCCCUGAGCCUGUAAACUCCUACGAUCCCUACGAUGACUUGGAACCGCCGCCUCCUCGAAGCCGCUACCCGGCAGGUCCCCCGUCACCACCCCGAUCACCGCCCCGCCGCCACAAGUCGGAGAGACGUCGUCGGCGACCCAGCCCCAGUCAAUACUAUCCCGAUGAGCCUAUGAUGACUUCCCGGCAUCGCGAGCCCCGUUCCCGCUCUCAAAAAUAUGAGCCGGAGCGUCGCGGACGAAGUGCGGGACCUGAUCGCCGGGCACGGGAUCUUAGCCCUCCGCCUUUCGGACCUCCUCCGGAUUCACCUCGCCGCAAAGCCCGAUCAGCCCGCCGUGACCGGGAGCCCCGCUAUGAACAGCCACCGCCUCGAGAAUAUCGCCCACCCCGAGAGCCUCGCCCUGGGCGGGAGCGGGAGAUCCCUAUCCGCAUGAAACGAGAGCCACGACCCGAUAGAGAAUUCCGAGAUGAGCGCGCCGCUCCCGUGCCAGAUCCCUACGAACCCGACCCAUAUGCUCGGGGCCCGCCAGGCGAAUCUCGGAAACGACGCCCUCGAACAUGGGCUCCCGACCCAGACUCACCUCGCCAUUCCCGGCCCGCUAGGCCACCCUCGCCUCGACCCAAGUCACGACCACGGGGCCGCUCUUUGCGACGCCCGGACUCUGAUGAUGAAGACGAUCAUGCUGGUUACUAUGCGGCCGGAGCAGGAGCUGCAGGAGCUGCUGGCGCUGCGGCUGCAAGUCAUCGGCGCCCACACUCCCAGACAAGAGAUCACAAGGGACGAGGCCACCCUCGACCCUCAUCUCGCGGCCGACCUCCCACCACACAGAAGACUCGGAGUGGCCCAUCGGGUCGCCGUAAUUCAAUGCCUGCAAGCACCCAGCCUCGCUCUGCUUGGUGGCAGAACCCUCUGGUCCAGGCUGGCGCUCGCACUGCCCUCACUGCUGGAGCCCAGGCUGCGAUGAAGUCUCGCAACGACCCCAGCCCCUGGCUUGGACCUAAGGGCGCCAAGGUCGCUACCGCCGCGUUGGGCGCUGCACUGGUGGAUGGUUUCAUGGGCCAGAAGCACCCCAACAGCACGAGACAGAGCCUCAUGCGGCAAGGUGUUGAUCUUGCACAGAACCAGGCCAUGAAGACCCCAGCUCAUCACAAGUCUCGCCAUCGUCACGACUCUCGCCAUCGCCACGAUCGAUAG